AUGAGCUUCACCUCGAACCAUGGGAAGCCUCUGAAUGGUGCUAGCGUUGCCACAAAUUCAGUGAGCGGAGGUGGAAUGACAUCUUCCUCAUCAGGGGCGGAAAGCAAAACAAUGUCAGAGGUGCAAGAAACCACGCACAUGCUACAAAGAGACCACAAGGUUAGAAGGAUCCGAAUCAUGGCGAUAUCAGUCCUCUUCAUUGCUGCUGCCUCGGUCUGUGGUGGAGUCUACACAAGCCUGAAACGAUCCGAACGAAGGGAAUUUGAAAACAGAUUUGCGGAUCAAGCUAGCCAAAUCGGGCAUGCUCUAGAAGCAGAACUGGACAACAAAUUGAGAGCGAUCGAUGCGCUGUCAGUCACCAUCACAUCCUUUGCUCGAUCACGAAUGGGGCAAUGGCCCAAUGUCACAGUACCAGAAUUCCCAUACCGAGCUGCGAGUACCCUGAGUGUUGGAAGGGCGAUUUCCGUAGCACUUCAACCAACGGUUUCAAUGAAUCAAGUAUCCCAAUGGGAAGCCUAUAGCAACCAGCACCAACAAUGGCAAAAAGAGGUAUUGGAAUUUCAAGCCAAGUAUCCAGAAGCAAUUAGACCCGAAAGUGUUGUUGAUGAUGGCCCGAAUACUGGUUUCAACCGCAACGCCUUCAAACCAGAAGCUGCCAGCACGAUUUCAGCAGACAGUAUUUCCGACUUUGUUUAUCGAAUAGACAGCAAUGGUUUUCCCACACGAGUGAUCAGUGAUGCCAAACAAGGUAUCGCCCUUCCACUCUGGCAACAUGCGCCAGUACACGCAGAUGGACUAUUGCCGAGAACCAACUUUGACACUUACAGUGUGGAGAAGAAUGCUGGUGCUUUGGAUCAAGUCAUUCAGAAUCACAUGGCUGUACUUGGUAAAACAUUUGAGCUCUCUGACAGCUCACAAGGACACGACUUUCCUGAGAUGGAUGCUACUCUGGAGACCCAAUCGUGGAAUGAUGUUUGGACAGAAAACGGGCCAUCCACCUCGGCCAUUCGAACGAGACAAUCGCCGUCUUCUAAUGUCAAACAGAAUCAAGGAUCCAAUGGUGUAUCGUCAUCCUCACUUUCGAAUGGACUGGAUGGGCCUGCAGUCAACAUUUUCUAUCCAGUCUUCUCGGACUUGAACGACAAUCGCACAGUGGUUGCCGUGCUUGCAUUGACAACCAAAUGGGAUUCCUUUCUUCUACCGAAUCUUCCGCCCGAUCCAAACGGCCUCAUUGUGACCUUGCGAAAUGAAUGCGAUCAAAGCUUUUCCUUUGAGAUCACCGGAGAAGAAGUCAUCUACUUGGGAACAGGCGACUAUCACGAAGAAGCCUAUGACAAAUAUGGAAAAGACUUCAUGUUGGUGGCUGAUAGCUCGGUAUUCACCGAAGUUCCAAUGGCAUCCAGCUAUUGCAGCCAUACGGCAACCGUCUACCCGUCGAGUCAGAUGCGAGAACAGUUUGCUACGGACGCUCCAACCUUUUACACAGUCGGGGCCGCAAUAAUCUUUCUGUUCACCAUGUUUGUCUUUGUCUUUUAUGACUACCUGGUUCAGAGACGUCAGAACCAUCUCGCUGACAAGGCCUCCAAAACAAAUGCCAUCAUCAGCUCGUUGUUUCCCAAGAUUGUCCGCGACAGAUUGUUGGAAGGAGAAGGAGGAAACAACACGUCAGGAAUGGCAGGCAUUAUGAAAGUCAACGGCGACACGGUGGGAAAGCCCGCUGGACCACCAAUCGCCAACUUCUUCGCCAAUACCACUGUCAUGUUUGGAGACAUUGCUGGGUUUACGGCAUGGAGUAGCUCGCGGCAGCCUUCGGAAGUCUUCACACUGUUAGAAACUCUUUACGGCAAGAUUGAUAGCAUUGCACGAGAGAUGCACGUCUUCAAGGUCGAAACGAUCGGAGAUUGCUAUGUAGCAGUGACCGGUUUGCCAAAUCCACAAGAGGAUCACCAUUUGCGCAUGGUCAAGUUCGCAAAACGCGUAUUGAAGUGCAUGGGUCCGUUGACAAGGGAAAUGGAAGUCAUGCUUGGACCCGAUACUACCAAGCUAGGAUUCCGUAUUGGACUUCAUUCUGGACCAGUAACCGCUGGAGUUUUGCGAGGAGAAAAGUCUCGUUUCCAGCUUUUUGGAGACACUGUUAACAUGGCGUCUCGAAUGGAAUCGACUGGCAAACGCAACUACAUCCAAGUGUCGAACUCAACUGCGAGCCUUCUUGCUGUCUCCGGUAAGGAGCAUUGGAUCACGAAGAGGGAAGAUACUGUCCAAGCCAAAGGAAAGGGGUCAGUGCAAACAUACUGGGUCAAGAAGAUGGUUACACAUGCUGAAAAGACCGAUGCCAAUAGCAUCGGAGACAGUUCUCAUAGCGAGAAGAAAUCAUCGAGCAAGACGUUUGUUUCUGUAGAUGGCGACUUGCACGGUGAAAACGAGAAUCGCAUUCGCAAAACACUAAUCGAAUGGCAAGUUGAGCUACUUUCUCGGCUACUCAAGCGAAUCGUUGCCAAGCGAUCCUAUCAUUCAAAUGAGGUCCAGCAUUCGUUUGACGUCUUUGCGUCUGAAAAAACAAUGCCUCGAGAAGAGAUUGCGGAUGAAGUCACGAUGCCUUCGUUCAACUCCCGCGCAAGUCUACGAAUUGCAACUUCUCAGUACACGCAACUUCCAUCAGAAGUGCUCGAUCAGCUUGAAGACUUUGUGACAUCCGUAGCUUUUCUCUACCGCGACAACAGCUUUCACAACUAUGAGCAUGCAUGCCACGUGACUAUGAGCGCCAACAAGUUCCUGACCCGGGUAGUCGAUCCGAAGGUCAACGGACUGGAUGAUUCAUCUCCCCAAGCUCCUUCAUACGAAUAUGCAUAUGGUUUGACUGGAGACCCACUGACACAGUUCGCCAUCAUCUUCUCCGCUUUGAUCCAUGACAUUGAUCACCAAGGAGUCAGCAACAAACAGCUCACCGACGAAAACAACAGAAUCGCAGUCAUGUACAAUGGAAAGAGUCCCGCCGAGCAAAACUCGAUAGACUUGGCCUUUGAAGUACUGGGCUCGUCACAAUAUCAUGAUUUGGUAUCCUGCAUAUGCGCCAACGAGGAGGAACUUAAGCGCUUCCGACAGCUUGUUGUGAACUGCGUCAUGGCAACCGACAUUUUUGACAAGGAUCUCUUGGCCAUUCGAAACAAGAAAUGGAAGAAGGCAUUCAACAGUGAAGUCGAGGGGGGGUCCUCUUCCGACCUCAAGGCUACAAUCGUCAUUGAGCACAUCAUUCAAGCUGCCGAUGUGGCGCACACCAUGCAACAUUGGCAUGUCUACCAAAAGUGGAAUGAGAAACUCUUCUUCGAAAUGUGUACUGCCCAUGAGACGGGCCGAGGCCCCGCCAAAGACCCAGCUUCGGGUUGGUACGAAGGGGAGCUAUGGUUCUUUGACAAUUAUGUGAUACCGCUGGCAAAGAAGCUGGAAGAGUGUGGAGUAUUUGGGGUAUCUAGUGACGAAUGCCUGAACUACGCUCUUGAAAAUCGCAAGGAAUGGGAAACUAGAGGAAGAGAUCUUGUGACAUCAAUGAAAGAACGCUAUGUGGAGAAGAAGGAAGAGAAAUCGAGUGGAAUUGUUUAG